AUGGCAGUUUCUGCUAAAGCCGAAAGAGGCCCUCCGAUUGUAUUCCACCGGGAUGAGACAAGUGGGAUGUUCAGCUGCCCCUGUGGCUAUACAACGCCUCGUCCCCACCUCAUCCGCCGACAUAUUGUCCGCAAGGGUCGAGACCAUCUUGGAAAUACACCAGUCACCAAACCAAUUGAUGGUUCACAGGCGGAGGAUGAUAACCUCGUAGUGCGCGUAGGGCCACUUCCAAUUAGAAGAGCUCCAAGUCUUGUGGACAGAGUCCAACCCACUAUAGAGCGAUCAAAACGAUGCGCCAAACCACGCCCAGCUAAAACAGCCCCAAAGAACCUCGUGGAUAGAGCGCAGCCUGCCAUAGAGCGGUCAAAAUUCCACAUAAAACCACCUCCAGUUAUAACAGCUCCAAACACUCACGUGGACAGAUCCCAGGAUGCUAUACAGCGAUCAAAACGCACAGAAGGAAUUAUCAAUAGGGAGACGACCCCCAUUAUAGAGGAAUCCCUACAACCCCUGAGAUAUUACUCUGACUCUGAUGCUGAGUCAGUCAUACUCGAAGACCUUGAGCUCAGUAGUAGUGAAGUACAAGGCUUUGAAUUCAGCACUCCUGGAGCGACAAAUUUAUCUAGCCUCUACGGUUUAUACUUCAUCCAAGAAUACAAGGUUAUCAUCUGCCUGCAGUGCCGCAAUGGACUCGAUCCCAAUCAUGUCUUUACUUAUUUGAAGAAUCACCAUGAUAUGGCAUUAAACAAAAAAGACGAGGUCGAAGAACUAUGCGCCGCAUUAAAGCCCCUAUCAGUACAUGAUGUACCAGUACCAGCACCAAAUAGCAAACCUAUCGACAAUCUCCUUAUAUACAAAGGAUUCACUUGCAUUCGGUGCAGUUAUACAGCAAAGCAUAAGGAUAGUGUUCGGAGACACAUACAGAAGAGCAGUUGUUUUACACAAGAGGAGAAGGCAACAAAGCGUGUUGCAAAGUACGAGCCUUGCAGAUUUCAGGCAUUCUUUACCGGUUUAGGUAGGAAGCCUUUUCCGGUCUCUGAGAGAGUGGAUGAGAGGAUAGCUCUUGACUUUCGUGGGGCGACAAAUAAAAGUAUCGAAAAGGCUACAGCAGACUAUAUCCAAUACCAAACCCUUAUACAGUCCAGUAAGCCUAUUGGCGAUGUUUCAAGGCAGGAAACAUCCCCAUGGCUCUCAAAGACUGGUUGGCUGGUACAUUUCAAGGAUGUCGAAACUUCAGUGAUACGUAGCUUUUUUGGCACCAGCCAGGGCCAGCAUCAAUCGUUUCUCAAAACCACGGCAAAGCUAAUUGAGAAAAUGAUGUCUCGGUGCAGGGAAACAUACGACCGCAGGGCGACUGAACACACGAGGCGAUGGAUGAAUAGUACCAGUGCCGUCGAAUAUAGUAUGAUUCCAUUCAAUACGGUCUAUCCCACCACUGAGGUGCGCUACUUUGGUACCCUAAGAUCUAUCGGUAUCUAUCUCAUAUAUAUGGUAAUUUCAGGCCGAGUUUUGGAGAAACCCUAUGAAGGGCUCUUCAUGUUCAAUGCUGACCAGGAGGCAUGCCUCGAACCAAUCCUAUCGAUGAAAAAUAGAAAUGUAGAUGAAGAGUUGCUUGAAAAACAUCUCUUUAACUUUUACUUGGCUCUUAUCGAGCAUACCUUUGAGGAGGGAAAGGCACGAAGUGUGCUUUUACUCCAUGCAAUCGGUGUUUUAGGGCUCGAUCCCAAUGGCACUUUUCGUCCUGCAACUUCGGUUUCGGGGGACCUUGCAGCCAUCAUAUAUUGUGCAAAGAUGUUAUUAUUUAGGCAUGCAUGUGAACUUGCGAGCAUAGUCCCUUCGGGUGAACCGGGUUCUUCCACCUGCGAGCAAUUCAUUAUCCUCCACCAAAGGUUUCUGGUAAUGACAGACCUUACCCCCAUCACCGAAAUCAUCAAUCUCCUAUCCUGGGCCAAAACCAUUGGCCAUGGCGAAUCUUCGGUACCUGAUAUCAUAUGGUCAACUCUUCCUGGAAUCGAGGCAGUCUGCUACAAAGGUGUGGAGAUGAAUAUUGACACUCUAAAGGCAAUGGUACAAGACCAAGUUACCAAAGCAGAAACUAUAUUAUUGAAGAUAUUCGGCAUUAACAGCACCUUACUCGACCAAAAGGCUAUCUCAAAAAUCAAGGAUGAUAUGAGCAUUAGGACUACAGGGUACAGCUUUCUCACAGAUCCCAAAAACAAAGAUAUAUUCCCUAUCGGGGACCAUAUCGAGUACGUCUUUAAAAACCGACAUCUCAGAGAGAGCUUAGUGAGAACGGUGGAUGGCGAAAUUGUGUGGUUAUCCGAAGGCAAGACCCAUUUUGCUACCCAAGCCCAAAGCUUACUUGAGGUUCUCUUGACAAUCUUCCACCUUCUCGGUGGUCAGCCUGCGCGCUCUACAGAGAUCAUGAAGAUUACAUGGUAUAACAGCGAGAUAAAGCAUCGGAACAUCUUCCUCUGUGAUGGGGGUAUUCUCUGGAUUACCGAUUACUCUAAAGGAAGAAAUCAGAUGGGGUGGUCGAAAUUCAUACCCCGAUACCUACCCUCCGAUAUCGCUUCGAUCUACAUAUCAUAUCUCCACCGCGUCUUGCCAUUGUACCAGUAUUUUAUAGGACCUAACGGAGACAAGUCUUUGAUCCGGCCACGCUACUAUUUCUUUUCGAGUAACGGUAUUGCACCAUGGCACAGUAGCCGGCUCACCCAAGUCCUUCAAACCAUAUCAGCACAGGCUUUCGGACAAGACAAUUCCUUUGGCGUUUCGGGUUACCGGCAUAUGGCUAUAUCUAUGAGUAGACGUUACCUGGCAGAGGGUUUCGAUGAGCAACAACUGAGUAGAGAUACCGAGGAUCCCCUCGAUUUACAAGCAUGUCAUUCUUCAAGUACAGCCGACCGAGUCUACGGAGUACGGGCAGAUAUAAUACAUGGUAUUUCCGAAAGGUCUCUGUCGGUUUUCAGGGGGAUAAGCCUGGCGUGGCAUGCAUUCUUCAGAUCGAAAGAGCCAGCACUGGUAUGGUAUGAGCGAAACAAAGCGGCUUCUAAGUUGCGCCAGAAAUGUGUCUGUGGUGGAUAUCUUGAAGGCGUCACACCCGCUACAAAUUAUACUAAUAAUCCCCUCCGACGUGCUGAGGACAUGCUAUACUCCAAUGGUUACCCAUGCUCCUCCCGACAGCGGGGCCCACUAUCGUCAGACAGUUUCACAACAGCUCGGAUCAUUUUGACAAGACUAUAUGGGGAGUCGGCUGUUUUCAAAAGCAGCGAGCAGGCAUUAGCCCUUCAGCAUGUCCUCGAAGGUUCUAGCCCAUUGGUUGUCGUACUCACAACAGGGGGAGGCAAGAGUCUUUUAUUUGAAGGUCCAUCAACAGAGAGAAAAGCCGGUGUCACUGUCGUCGUCGUUCCAUUCAUUGCUGCGAGAGAGUAUUUAUAUAGUAGAGGAAAAGCGAAAGGUAUUCCCUGUGCACAGUGGUUGGGAAAGGGUGAACGAAACAGUACAUUGGUGUUCAUCACUGCAAAAUCGACAUCUGAACUCGAGUUUAGAAAGUAUAUACGGAGUCUCAAGAACAAAGAAAGACUGGACCGAAUCAUUGUCGAUGAAGCACAUAUGCUAAUCUUUGGCGAUGAUUUCCGUAUUGACUAUUGCGACUUGUAUUGGUUUUCCGGAUUGGGUAUUCCUGUAAUAUUUAUGACAACGAUACUUCCUCCGGCACUGCAAGAAGAACUCUGCAUAGCUGCUCUGAUCAGGAAUCCAGUUCUUGUUCGCGGAAACACAGCCCGCAGCAAUUUAAACUACAGUUGCAUCAAGGUCAAAAAACCUCUUCUUCACUCCCAUGGCGCACAAAUAAUCAAUAACUUUCCUUUGGAUCGAGCCGAAAAGAUACUUGUUUACACCCGUAGCGUCGAAGCCUGCCAGGGCUUAUCAAAGCUAUGGAAAUCGGGGGCUUACUACUCGUCGAGUGCUGGAAAAACUACGGCGUUGAAGGAUUGGUUGGAUGGAAAAGAAACAGUACUUAUCACCACGAGUGCAUUGGCUGCGAGGCUCGAUAUCAAAAAUAUUAGGUUAAUUAUGUUUUUCAACAUGCCUCAUACCUUUGUUGAUUUUGCACAGGAGAGUGGACGGGUAGGCAGAGACGGGAAGCCAUCCAGUAUUAUUCUUAUUUAUUCACCCGACGAGUAUAUGAAGUGCCAGGAUACAUCUUUCCCCUUGGAUACAGACGCGCUCAAACGUUUUAUUGCCACUGAUGGGUGCCGAAGACUGCACCUCUCUGCAUAUUUCGACGGGGUGCCACAAGAGUUUCUGGACUCCACACCAAAGGCCACCAGUCCAAUGUCCGAAGGAUCCACAGAGUCCGCAUCAAUCUUCAGUAGUCCAUCCUAUCCAGAGAUUAGCCCGUCCCCUCAGCCAAAACAUCUGCGCCGCAUGUUGUUUCGGGAGGCCAAGUCGCAAGAACCCUAUGGGUCACCCGGUAUUCAGACACCAUAUCCAGGGCAAUCGUCAACUGCAGGACAGUCAUCGGGUGCGGCAAAUAUCUUGACUAGUCGCAAGAGAAAACACAUCCCGUCUUCUAUCAUGGAUUUCAGUGACGCCGAUAAUAUCCCUUCCUCCCCUCCCUCAAAAGUGAAGAAAAGAAAAACAUCUUCCAUGGCUCAUAUAGUACCUUCGAGGAAGCGAACAACCACCUCCAGCAACACCCCGAUGUAUAUCACAACAAGCUUGGGUGAGACAGAGCCCAGGGGCAGAGUAUCGGAUGAGUUCAGUCCUAUUCAACUAAACCACCAUCCCAUGGGCACACACUAG